GAAUAACUGCAUAAGGCAAUUUUAAUAAAACCUAUUAAAAUAUGUAUAUAUAACAUAUAAAUAAAAAUGUAAUCGAAAUGAAAAUACCGAUAUUAUGUCGAUCUUGUAUUUACGUUGAAAUGGGUUUAGAAAGAGUAUUUUAUAUUUUCUCGAUCAUUUUAUUAUUUAAUGGCGCCCAUUCAAGACUGUUUUUCCCGCGAAAAAGCAAAGAUGCAAUAAGGUCUAAAGAGGACCAUAGAUUAAAAAAUAUAACAGAUACAAAACAACGACCACAAAAAAAGAUUAAUAUUAAAAAACUCAUUGAUAAAGUAUCGAAAUCGAAAGUCCUUGACGAAUUGACAAACAUACUGACGGAUCGAAUUUUGAGGAGUAUUAUAAAUACAAAGGGCAGUAUAGAAGUAAACAGUGAUUCCACUGAAAAGAUAGAAGUAAUUAUAGAUUCGAAAGAUAAAAUAAUAAUACCAAAAUUAAAUGAUUUCGGCCACAGCGGCCAAUCUCAAUAGAGAUUAGCCAACUACGUCAUAUCGUCA